CUCGAGCGAGCCGAACCGAACACCGCCAGAUGUAGAUACACGCCGUCUGGCCCUAAGCACUUGGUCAGUCUCUACACACAUUCUCGUCUGUUUGUUUGUUUGUUUUUUAGUUCGCGCGCGGCAGAACCAAGUUACGAGUUAGUUCCGAGAUACCGAAACCGAUUCCGAUCCCAAUCCCAAUCCAGAUCCCCAAUCCCCUAAUCCGAUUCCUGUCCAGAAUGGCCGCCGGCGGUCUGCAGUAAUGCCAUCCGAUCCGCGCGUUUACCUGACAUGGCAAAACCUUCGCCGCCAGAAGCAAGCAAAAAGAGCUAAGAGUCACUGCCACUGCCACUGCCAAAAAGAAAGCCGGCCCAGAGAAUGCCAAAGGUGACCAAGUUAAUGGUGCAGCUGGAAAGUGAAUGCAUUUAACCGCGAUGUGCAAAGUGGCUUAGCAUUGGAUAGAAUUCUGUGAUUCGGCAAAAAUGAGAUUCAUCAUGAGACCGCCGCAGUAGUUGACUCAACUAAAAGUAGUAGUUUAUCUAAGCUAAUCGCUAAUCACAGCAUAUGCCAGAUGAUACCCUGUUAUCCAAAUACCAAACGAGAGUGUUUCAUUUUUUGCGGCGGGUGCGGUGAACGGAACGGAACGAGACCGUCGCAUUUCAAUUAACAAAAUAAGCAAAGCCAAAGAGCCAACGCACACAGCACGCAGAGCCCAGCUAUAUACGUUGCUAUAAAUAUAUAAUAUAUACCUAUAUAGAGAGUGGGGAUUGUGAUCCGAUUUCGCGCGCAUUUUUGCACGUGCCACAGCUGAUUUGAUAUUGGUAUUGCUUGUGCGCCAUCGGGAGCUGGUGCUUGGAAUCAUGUCCAGGCUGGAUGCCGGUGUUACGGAAACUGCCGCCACGGCGGCAUCCGACUUUCAUCACCUGCUGGACCACAAAGCCACAGUUACAGCCACAGCCUCCGCCCCGUAUAACAGUGCCACGCUCCGGUCCACAACUUCCGGUCACAGCAGCCGGACGAGCAGCACCACAGUCUGUGACUCGCCCGGAGGAGGCAACGAGGAUGGUGGCUACUUCGAUGACGACGACGACGACGAGGAGAUAUCCCACGAGGAGUGUUGUCUCCGGGGAGCAACAACUGUGGCGGAUGACCUGGAUGACCGCCUGCGGUAUUCCUUCAAAGGACCGCCGCCGGAGCUCUACUCGCCCAAGAAGGAUUUCAUAAGCAAGGGUCCGCUGCUGGAUAGACAGCUCGUGCUGAAGAAGAGGUGUGAAUGGUGGUUCUACAGGUACAAGUGCAGCCAAAAGAUGUCCACCCAUUGGAGGCAGCAUGGCUGCCUGUAUGCCUGCCUCACCGCCUUCCUGCUGGCCAUGGUCUUCAUGUUUUUCCAUGGCAUGCCGAGUGCGCAUAGAACCAGGAUUGAACUGCCCAAGAACAACUAUACAGAUUCGCAACAUACCUUAGUAUCCACACCACUGCCACCAUUAUACAACGGUGAUCCAACGGAUACCCAUCCAUAUAAGCACUUUGACAACGGCACCAAUGCGAAAGACACGGGUGACGCGGGAGGCUUCGAUGACUUGGGCGAAGAGGAUCUCACCGCCUUCGUGACGCCCACCAAGGUCUACUACAACUAUAGCCUGAGCCAGGACGACCUGCUCUACGAGUCGAAGAGGAACAGCGACAUCAAUAGCUUGCUCAAAGAUUUUUCGUCGGCCUUCAGCAUGACGGGCACGUUUCGCAGCCGGCACAACGAGAUCUGGGAUCCGCAUCCGCAGUACAAUCUGAAUGUGUUUGGGCGGCAGCUGCAUCUGGUCCUGAGGCAGGAUGCCUCGUUCAUACAUAAUCAUACGAUCCAUCAGCUGAGGAUCCUGAAGAACGAGACCCUCGACACCGACGAGUUUGACCAGGUGGAGCAGGAGCUGGAGCAGGGCCUAGAGGCGGAGCAGCGUGACCUGGACUGCCACUAUACCGGCUACGUCGAGGGUGAUCCCAACUCAAUGGUGGCUGUCUCUCUGUGCAGCGGCAUGACUGGUUAUAUCAAAACGAGUUUCGGCGCCCUGCUCAUCGAGCCGGUGAACCGGACCAGCAGCGACGAGGUCUUGCAUCGCGUCUGGCGGAAAUCGCUCCGGCACGCCAGACAGGCUGUCACCAGCUUCGAGCUGGGAAUGGACGCUCUCAUGAGCAUGCGAGGCCAGAGCCAGCUGAAGGAGCGGAGCCAGGGCCAGGGCCAGAACCGCAAGCUGAGGCGCCGCAAGAGGCACUACAACGGCAUGGAGAGUCAGUUUGGCAGAACCCAGGAGUACACUCUCGAGGUGCUUAUUGCCGUGGACUCGAGCAUGAAACGCUUCCACCAGCACCGCCUUGAUUCCUACGUCCUCAUCCUGAUGUCCAUUGUGUCGAGCAUCUUCAAGGACGCUAGCAUCGGCAGCCCCAUCCACAUCACGCUGGUCAACCUGAUCGUGCUGCCCGAGAACAACGAUCGCCACAACUCCAGCAAUCAGAUGCUGAAGCACUUUUGCUCCUUCAUCAACCAGAAGGGCUAUCACAGGGACACGGCAAUGCUGAUAACUAGGGAACCAAUCUGCGGCGGCAUACCGGGCAGGAGCUGUCACAUGCUGGGCCUAGCCGAACUGGGCACCGUCUGCAAUCCUAGGUCCUGCUCAAUAGUCCAGGACACCGGGCUACCCGCCGCCUUUACCAUGGCCCACGAACUGGGACACAUCUUGAAUAUGCACCACGACGACGAUGCCCAGUGUCAGCCGUUCAACUCAAGACACGGCAACAAGGAGAUGCACAUCAUGUCCAGCGUCAUGGGCGUCCACAUGCAUCCGUGGUCGUGGUCAAGAUGCUCCAGGCACUACGUGUCCGAGUUCCUCGAGUCUCUAACUCCCGCAUCCGGCACCGCUUCCCAUAGGAGAGGGGACAAAUCCUGCCUUGAAAACGAACCAGAAUUGGUUGUUAAAAACACGGAGAAACGACAGCCCGGAGAGAUUUACUCGCUGGACAACCAGUGCCAGCUGAUCUUCGGAACCGAAAGUCGACACUGCCCCAUGGAGGAGCAAUGCCAGCGGCUGUGGUGCAACCGGACACACUCCAACCCCAGCGACCAGUGCCGGUCCAGCAAUCUGCCGUGGGCGGAUGGCACAACGUGCAGCCACCGAAACAGCGAUCACUGGUGCCAGAAGGGCAAGUGUGUGCCACGCCAGGGCAGUAACCGGCUAACAGUCAACGGCGGCUGGGGCAGCUGGAGUCCAUGGACGCCCUGCAGUCUCACCUGCGGUGGCGGAGUCCAAGAGUCGCGUCGCGAGUGCAACAACCCGGUGCCGGAGCACGGUGGCAAGUACUGUCUGGGCGCACGGAAGAAGUACACAUCCUGCAACGUCCAUGCCUGCCCAUCGGGCAGCAUGGACUCGAGGGAGCGGCAGUGCUAUGAAAUGAACGGGCGCAACCUCAACAUUCCUGGCAUCACGCCGGACACCAAAUGGCUGCCCAAGUACGAGAGAGAACCAUGCAAGCUAUUCUGCCGCAUGGAAAACAGCGGCACCUACUUCAUGCUCAAGAACAAGGUCACCGAUGGCACCUCCUGCACGGUGGAUAGCUUCGACAAGUGCGUCAACGGCAUCUGCCGGCCGGCGGGAUGCGACAACGAGCUCAACUCCAUUGCCAAGCUGGACAGGUGCGGCGUGUGCGAGGGACGGAAUGACACAUGCCAUGAGGUUACCGGGAACUUUCUGGUGUCCGAUCUCCUGAGGAGCGGCCAGAAGUCCAACUUCUAUGUGACGACAAUACCAAAAGGUGCCUCGAACAUCGUCAUCACCCAGCCAGGCUAUCCCGAAAACCACUAUAUAGCUCUGAGCGAUGACAAGGGCAACGGUCUGCUCAACCAGGAUGUCCUGAAAACAUUCUUCUACAAGUUCGUCUACGCUGGGGUUACGGUGGAGUACAGUGGACCCAACUCUACGGUGGAGCGCGUGAAUACGACCUACUCAUGGAAGUUGUCCCGUGAUCUGAUAGUUAAGAUCAUUUCGCUUAACCUGAGUGUGGCCAAGAAAAAGGACACUGUAAUGCUUUCGUACUCCUACACCGUUGAUAGACCAACGCAACCGGAAGCGGAAGUGGAGAUCUACCGCUGGGAGAUGUCCACGUGGAGCACCUGUGACUCGCUAUGCGAGGGCAGAACCUACCGGAACCCGGCCUGCGUCAGUACCACCCAGGGUGUGAAAGUGGCCCCGCAGUUUUGCGACAAGUCCGCCAUGCCCAAGGUGGAGGAUCGUGGGUGCAACACGGAUUGCCGCCUCAAUCUCACUGUCACGAGCAUUUCGGAGUGCUCCGCCUCUUGUGGAGAACGAGGUACCCGCGAGAAGAGCUUCAACUGCAUACAGACAUUCCCGAGUAUUCAGCGUUCCAAUAUUGUGGACAUGUCCUAUUGCAAACUGAAGUUCGAUGUUGUCCAUCACGAAGAGUGUCGCGAGGGUUGCUGGAACUUCUCGGAGUGGUCAUCGUGCUCCAAGUCCUGCGGCACUGGUACACAGCAACGUGAGGCCCAUUGUUAUCUGCACAACACGCGGGUCAGUGAUGAUCUUUGCAAUCCCCGGACAAGGCCCCUGACUGACCUACUGACCUUCUGCAACACUGAACCCUGUCCCACGUACACCGAGUCACCGAAUGCCAUUGCCAUUAACAACUGGGUGAUCGGAGACUGGGGCGAGUGCAACGAGUGGUGCGAGAAGACUCGCUCCGUAAGCUGCUCCCAUCCGUAUGGCUUUGGUUGCCAGAGCAAGAAGCCCAAGGAGGUGCGCAAGUGCUGCCACAUCAAGUACACGAGCGAAUGGACCCAGUGUUCCGUGCAAUGUGGCGAGGGCAAGAAGUGGAAGAAGCAGACCUGCAGCAGGGUCUACAAGCCGGAAAUACAGGGGGCACCCAAACGUCGAGAGCCGAUUAGCGAGACCUACUGCAUCAGUCGCAAGGUGCGGCGGCCAACGCUGCGCACCACCACCAAAACGUGCCGAAUCAAUUGCAAGUGGAACGUCUCGGACUGGACGCGGUGUCCCGCUGACUGCUCGGAGGAGUACCAGAGCCGCUAUGUUCGCUGCGAGGCGUGGCAGGACAAAAGAAGCAUGGAGGUCGCCGAGGAUCAGUGUGAUGCCAAGAAGCGUCCGACCAAGCGCCGCAUCUGCAACAAUUGUGUGCGGCGGCAGUCAAAGGUCAUCAUGAAGUGCAACUGCGAUGGCAUAGAAAAGAGGCGCGACACGUGCUUUGACUCCCACAAGCGACGUGUCAGUUGUCCAGGCCGAUCCAAGGUGGAAAGGCGCUGCACACCGCCGCCCUACUGUCGAAGGAGGAUCGCAGCCAGCAGCAUGAGUAGCCUCAGCAGCCGGAGUAGCGGCAUCAGCAUUAGAACGAGCCAUAGGAGGCCAAGGAGCUGCAGGGAACUAAGAGAGAUGCAUGGCAUCGACAAGGACGGCGACUAUCAACUGGAGGUGCGAUCACGGUUGGUGCGGGUCUACUGCCACGACAUGCGCAGCCAUUCUCCACGCGAGUACGUGAAUGUGGAUCCGCAGGAGAACUACUCCAUCUACUACGAGUACAGGACGCACCUGACCAACAGCUGUCCGCCAGAGUCCCGGUCGCAUGAGUACCCCAACGAUCAGAACUCUGGUCGCACGCACUUUAGAAAGCUGCGGCUGAACAUCACCGAUCUGCGGAUCCUGGACAAUGACUUUGAGUUCGCUCAGUCGCUUGGCCAGCCCCAGAAGCUGGGAUCCGCCGGUGAUUGCUACAACCGCAACCGGCAGUGCCCGCAGGGCGACUUUGCCAUCAACCUAGAGAAAACGGACUUCACCAUGCGCCCGGGCACAGUGUGGAGUACGCAUGGCCAGUCUGCUGUCAUGAAGCAGUUUGACAACACGGCCGUGAUGCGAAGAGCUUUUUGCGGAGGCUACUGCGGCGGAUGCUUUAUUGCGUUGAACUCUGGUCUUUACCUGGAUGUUUCAUGACCUUCCCAAUGGUAAUCGGGUCUACGUCCCGGGAAGGACCAAGGGUUAAGCUAGCCCUCAUGCAUCAUUCGAGGGUUACCCCAGCCAAGCAUUACCACACUGAGUCGAGCUCCCGAGGCUCCUGCCUAACGAAGGUCAAAAGUAUUCUCGAAUAUUAGAUAGGAUAGAUAGAUACCCAUAGGAAUCGUGUCGAAGAAACCCGAACAAAAAUUCAAGCGAAAUGCAAUAUAUGUUAUAUACAUACGGUCGUAAGGAUCGGCAGCGCGUGUACAUAUAGGUUUAUUUAACCCGAAAUUAGCAACUAGAUAUUAUAUUGCCAUGUAAUGUAUUAAGCAUUGUAAAUACCAGAGAGAACGUGAGCCGUUAAUGUAGCGUAUAAGAUCGAUCGACCAAAAUACAAUCCAUAGAUCGGGCUGUAGCCCUUAGAUAAUUAGGGCCACUCAGUUAAACCGCUUACUCUAAAUAUGUAUGCAGUGAUGGGAAAUGUGAAGGUCCUUGCUUACCCUUUCCACAAUGCUGAAACCCCUUCUACCUAGUUUACCAAGUAAUGCAUUUUUAACAUUAAUGACUAAUCGAAUUUUCUUGGCUUAACCAAUAUGUUUACCUGUACUCUGGGUACUGGCCAUAUCUAGCUCGGCACCUUUUCCAUCACUGAUUUCCACAAAUGAAGAGCUCGAUAAAAGUAGUGCAAUGCCGGUCUGUACAAUAUUUGUAUUAGCUUAGAUUCGCAAUAAACUAGUUAAGGAAGAGAGAUACGAAGAUAUGUCUGUGUAUGUGCUUACUUAUGGUAACUAAAUCGAAUACUCAUAUUAUAUAGAACACAUACCCACAAGCCAAAACCAAACCAUUCAUCCGAUUAACCCUGCUGAAGGAACAUUUUCAACUUAUAACAGUCACUGCCAGACUUUCAAUGUUCAAUCCAUCAUACACCCCUAAUCGCAUAAUCGCAUAAACGCAUAAUUGUAUAAUCGCCUAAGUCCCGGUACCAAGUAUCCUCGAUGUAUUUUCAUUUUUAUUUAACUACUUAGCUAGGCUAAUGCAAAACCAAUGUUAACAAUUAAUCUAAUGUCGAUUAAAGGAAUUUAAAAGCUGUUUACCAA